CGUGGCCCCGAGGGUCACCCUCAGUGGUUUCUCUUUGAAUUUCAAAUCCGCCCCAAGCAGCCUGACGCCCUUCCCAGCCCCGCCGCCCACCCGACGGAGAGCCCCACUCUGCUGACUGAGGCCGAUCAUCCGCCCUCGGAUGACUUGAGCUCGGUGGCCGCUCGCGAGAUUUUGGCCGAGACGCGAGCCUGGCAUCAAGCCCGGGCCGAGGGCGGGGCUGAGGCUCAGAGCCAGAAUAAGCUGGCCAUCCCUUUGGCUUCGUCCUCUGAAGGCCUGCGCGAACAAGAAUCCACGCUCGACGAUUAUGAAAGCGUGCCGGUGCAAGGCUUUGGCUUGGGCAUGCUCCGAGGGAUGGGCUUCAAGGCCGGUGAAGGCAUAGGUGGGUUCAACAAGGCCGAUAUCAAGUGUAUCGAGCCGGUCAUGCGGCCCAAAGGCCUGGGCUUGGGCGCUUCUCGGCCGAAAAAGGCCCAGGUCCCGGCCGGCGAGUCGGUCGAAGACACGGCCUUGGUCCUCCAAAAAGCAGCCCGCGUGCAAAUCGUCAGUGGGGCGCAGAAAGAUCGCUAUGGUCAAGUGGAAGGCAUGGACGACGAUGCGGCGCGAGUGUUUGUGCGCUUGGCCGUGGGUCAGAAGAUUGUGUCCGUGUCGGAAAACGCCAUUCGCUUGGUGGAUAAGCACGAAUUCAAGAAAUUCGCCAAAGUGAUCAACAAGGACAUGUAUACCGAGUUUAAGGCCCAGCAAGAGGCUCGCCAAGUAGCGUGGGACCAAGGUCGGUCGGACCGGGAUCAAAAUCGAAAGCGCAGAAGUCGGUCGAGGUCCAAAUCCCCACCCAGCAAGAGUUCGAGACCGGCUAAGAAUACAAAAUCAUCGGCUUCCCCCGCCCAAACCCAUACCAGUCAGCAUUGGGUGCGACCCUUUUUGCGUGUCCGCUUCAUUGACGAGGGCUACCAGAAAGGUCGCUUUUUCAAUACCAAGGUCGUGAUUGACGAUGUGGUCACGCUGGACAAUUGCACUUGUCGUACGGAUGAGGGCAAACUCUUGGAGGGCAUUCAUCCCCGACAGUUGGAGACCCUAAUCCCCAAGAAGGACCAUGCCCUGGUGAUGAUCGUCAAUGGAAUAAACCGCGGUCAAAUGGGUGAAAUGCUUCAAAGAGACAAACGCAGUGCCAUCGCCGUGGUUCAAAUUCUGCCCGACAAGGACCAAGUGCUCAAAUUAGACUUUGAUGAUAUUUGUGAAUAUGUCGGAGAGGUUAUGGAAUAUUAAAGCAGGCCAUCCAAUCACUCAUUGUAAUAGACCCAAUUUAUAUCAUGCCGUAAUCUCAACAGUAUUUCCAUUUUGGCAGA